AUGACCGAACAAACAACGCAACAGCCGAAGCUUACGGCGGAGCAGAUCGAGAUUGCUCAGAAAUAUGAUCUGACUCCCAAGUUUAUCCAGUUUUUGGACAGACACUUAAUCUAUCCAUUGGUUGAGAACUUGGAUUCGAUCUACACCUCCAAAGAGGUCGAGUCUAUGGAGUAUGACCUUUUGAAAGAGACCUAUAUGACCAAAUUCAUCAAAGAGAAAUUCGACCAUCUUUACCCUGGCAAAGAGCUGCCAGCCGAGUUCAUCGAGAAGGAGAAGGCCAUUGAACAAGAAUUCAAUGAAUUGGACAAGGCAACCAGCAAGACCUUGGAAAUCCUUGCAUCCAAGGACGUCCAGGAGUCUCUUAAACAGGACAAAACUUACAACAGAGAAUACCUUUCGAAAAAUCACCAAAUCGAUGAUGCUAAGAUCUUGGAGCUGUACAAGUUUGGUAAAUUCCAAUACAACAGAGGAGAUUAUGUCGUUGCAUCCGACCUUCUUAACAAUUUCAGACUCCUUUCUGUCAACCAAGAUUUGAAUUUGAGCGCAACCUGGGGUAAGAUUUCUUCUGAGAUCAUUACCGAGUCUUGGUCCGAUGCUUUGGAGGAACUUAACAAAUUGAGAGAAAUCAUAGACAACAGACAUUUCAAAGGUACCACUCUUGACCAGUUGAACAAGAGAACGUGGUUGAUCCAUUUCUCUCUGUUCAUCUUCUUCAACUCCGAGAACGGUCUUGAGAGUUUGGUGGAUCUGUUCUUCUCUUCCUCGUACCUCUCCACGAUCCAGGCUUCCUGUCCUUGGAUCUUGAGAUACUUGAUUGUUGCCGUCAUCAGCUCCAAGCCUCAACUGAGACAAAAGAGACUCAGAGAUCUCAUCAGAGCUGUGCAGAUCGAAGACUACGAGUACCAGGACCCAUUCACCAACCUUAUUCAAAUCUUAUAUGUUAACUACGAGUUGGACAGACUUCCAGCCGUCAUGAAGCAGGUUAAGGUGGUUUCUGACGUUGACUUCUUCAUCAGCCACCUCAACACCGCAGAACUUUAUAAGAACGCCCAAGGUCUGGUGUUGGAAACCGUUGGAAAAUUGUACAAGGUUGUUUCCACAGAGCAACUGAAAGAGUUCAUCAACGACGAAAGCCUCGAGCUCACCUCUACUAAGGAGAACUUCGACGUGCAAGGUGACAAGGUGCUGAUCAGCAGCGCAGAGUCCGGCUCUGUUUACCAACAGGUGUACGAGAAGACCAAAGCAUUCAACUUCAAGACCAACCAAUUGCUCAACAACGCUUUUGGAAUCAAUUCCCACAACCAUAAACAGCCUACUCAGGAGGCCUGA